CAAGGAUCCCGGGAGCUAAGGUGGCUGCAAAGGGGAGAGCGGUGCGAGCCAAGUGGGGGAGGGUGAAAGAAACCCGGGAGAAGGCUUUCUCCAGCCCCCAAAGUUUUGAUGAUGACCAUGACUACGAUGGCUGACGGCUUGGAAGGCCAGGACUCGUCCAAAUCCGCCUUCAUGGAGUUCGGGCAGCAGCAACAGCAGCAGCAGCAACAACAGCAGCAGCAACAGCAGCAGCAGCAGCAGCAACAGCAGCCGCCGCCGCCGCCACCGCCGCCGCCGCCGCAGCCGCACUCGCAGCAGACCUCCCCGGCCAUGGCAGGCGCACAUUACCCUCUGCACUGCUUGCACUCGGCCGCGGCGGCGGCGGCGGCGGCCGGCUCCCACCAUCACCACCACCAGCACCACCACCACGGCUCGCCCUACGCGUCGAGCGGAGGCAACUCCUACAACCACCGAUCGCUCGCCGCCUACCCCUACAUGAGCCACUCGCAGCACAGCCCUUACCUCCAGUCCUACCACAACAGCAGCGCGGCCGCCCAGACGCGCGGGGACGACACAGAUCAACAAAAAACGACAGUGAUCGAAAACGGGGAAAUCAGGUUCAACGGAAAGGGGAAAAAGAUUCGGAAGCCUCGGACCAUUUAUUCCAGCCUGCAGCUCCAGGCUUUAAACCAUCGCUUUCAGCAGACUCAAUACCUGGCCCUUCCCGAGAGAGCCGAACUGGCUGCUUCCUUAGGACUGACACAAACACAGGUGAAGAUAUGGUUUCAGAAUAAGCGCUCUAAGUUUAAGAAAUUGCUGAAGCAGGGUAGUAACCCACACGAGAGUGACCCCCUCCCGGGUUCAGCAGCCCUGUCACCACGAUCACCAGCCCUGCCUCCAGUGUGGGACGUUUCUGCCUCUGCCAAGGGCGUCAGUAUGCCUCCCAACAGCUACAUGCCGGGGUAUUCACACUGGUAUUCCUCACCACACCAGGACACCAUGCAGAGACCACAGAUGAUGUGACUUCUCUGAGUGAACGCCUACGGAGCUUCUGAAGGAGACAUUCUCCACCGGCAGAAGAAUCUGCACAAACAUGGCAGCAUUUUUACUUGUUUAAUGAGUUUAAGACAUUACAUGAUAAAAAACAAA